AUUAUGUAAUGAUUCCCUUCCUUCAACCAAGCCAGUCAUUCCAUGGGCUACACUCUUCUGCCUUGUAAGGACAAAUCUCAUAUAGCUAUUAUAUUUUGAGAAUGUCCUACCGGUGCUUCCCCUCAUCAGCCAAAUGGACAAAGUUCUCUCAGCCUGUGUUAUUUCAUAACUCUAGAAAUUAAUCAUUGAUUUCUAUCAUUGUUAAAUUUCCCCAUCAAUGCCACACACACUCAAUGUAAGCAGCGCAGUGAGCGAGCAUCAUGGCUCCCAAGGGGACCUUGCCCGUCCUGCUGCUUCUGCUGUGCUGCGUGCACUGGGGGUUCUGUGGGAAGGUCUUGGUGUGGCCCUGCGAGAUGAGCCACUGGCUCAACCUAGAGAUCAUUCUGGAUGAACUCGCUGCAAAAGGACACGAGGUGACAGUUUUGACAAAUACUGAGAGUGUAUUAGUGGACUACAGAAAACCUUCUGCACUGAAUUUCGAGGUGGUCCAAGUGCCACCUGAAAGAAAGAUGUCUCUGGAAGCUUUAUCAGACCUAUUUGUGAACGUCAUUCCAACGUUGUCAUUCUGGCAAGCAUCAAGCAAGUUCCAAGGAUUGUUUUUUCACAACACUGGACAAUUUGUAACUCUCUGUAGGAAUACAGUCUACAACCAGUCACUCGUGAGGAAACUCCAGAAAACCAAGUAUGAUGUAAUGGUGAUCGACCCUGUCAUUCCCUGUGGACAGCUGGUGGCUGAGUUGCUUGAGAUCCCUUUCGUGCUCACACUGAGGAUCUCGAUGGGUGGCAUCAUUGAGAAAUACUGUGGGCAGCUCCCAGCUCCACCUUCCUAUGUACCCGUGUCCCUUGGAGGACUCACAGACAGAAUGACCUUUAUGGAAAGGGUGAAAAAUAUGAUAUUUGCAUUUUUCUUUGAUUUUUGGCUCCCACAAUAUGACUUUCGUUUUUGGGAUCAAUUUUACAGUGAAGUGUUAGGAAGACCCACGACAUUAUGUGAAACUCUGGGCAAAGCUGAAAUCUGGCUAAUCCGGACAUAUUGGGAUUUUGAUUUCCCUCACCCCUACUUACCCAAUUUUGAGUUUGUUGGAGGAUUGCACUGCAAACCAGCCAAACCUUUACCUAAGGAAAUGGAAGAAUUUGUUCAGAGCUCGGGAGAAGAUGGUGUGGUGGUGUUUUCUCUGGGUUCCAUGAUCACAAACCUCACAGAAAAGAAGGCCAAUAUCAUUGCUUCAGCCCUUGCUCAAGUUCCACAGAAGGUGCUAUGGAGAUACAAGGGAAAGACUCCUGCAACAUUAGGAUCCAAUACUCGGAUCUUUGACUGGUUACCCCAGAACGAUCUUUUGGGGCACCCCCACACCAAGGCUUUCAUCACCCAUGGUGGAACGAAUGGCAUCUACGAAGCCAUUUAUCACGGGGUUCCUAUGGUAGGAAUCCCCAUGUUCUUUGACCAACAUGACAACAUGGCUCGCAUGAAGGCCAAAGGAGCAGCUGUGGAGGUGAACAUGAACACCAUGACCAGCGCGGACUUGCUCGGGGCCCUGAGGACGGUCAUUAAUGAUCCUUCUUAUAAGGAAAAUGUAAUGAGAUUAUCAAGAAUUCACCACGAUCAGCCAGUGAAGCCCCUGGACCGAGCUGUCUUCUGGAUUGAGUUUGUCAUGCGCCACAAAGGAGCCAAGCACCUUCGGGUGGCAACCCACGACCUCACCUGGCUCCAGUACCACUCUCUGGAUGUGAUUGCCUUCCUGCUGGCCUGCGUGGCAGUUCCUAUAUUUUUGGUUGUGAAAUGUUGCCUGUUUUCUUGUCGAAAGUGUGAUAAGACAGGAAAGAAGAAAAAAAGAGAGUAGAACAAGAAAAAGAAAGUGGAAAUCUUUCUAAGUUUGGUCAAGUCCUGGAGAGAAAUCCUAUUCAUUGAAGUCACAAGAAUCUUACUGAUUAUUCCCUCUUCAUGUGAAUUGCAAAUAUUCCUUCCUAUACUUAAUUAAGAUAGAAAGUCUAGAAUCAUUAUGAUCAUUAACAUACCCAUGUUUGUCAUUCUUUCUUUGUCAUUUGCCAGUGGCCUUUCCAGUUUCUCCCUCACUUUCCUGACACAGGUGCACUACUAUUUCUAAAUAGGUCCUAUUGAAAAGAAGAUUCAUUUUUCAAAGCAAAGUUACUUGUGUAACAAUGAUAUGCUGAAUUCUUUGGAGUUCAUAGAAUGUAA